UUUUUAUCGAUUAAUUUUCCCUCGUUUUCUUGGAUCCUUCUGUUGCAGUUUCUCGUCUCCCAAACAGCCUUCCAAAAUGAGUGACGACGGUAACAACGAAAAAAGAAAUGACUCUUUUGCCAUGUCCGACGUCGACACUUCACUUCCGGCUGCCGCUGCCGCUCUUAGUGCAGAGGAUCGUGCUGACCUUGUUAACGCUCUCAAGGAUAAACUGCAGAGUUUGGCUGGACAACACUCAAAUAUUCUUGAAACUCUGUCGCACAAUGUCAGGAAACGUGUGGAGUUUUUGCGCGAGAUUCAGAGUCAACAUGAUAAGCUAGAGGCGGAGUUUAUUGAGGAAAGAAGGGCUUUAGAAGCUAAAUAUGAGAAAUUUUAUGAACCAUUGUACACGAAGAGAUUUGAGAUAGUGAAUGGUGUACAAGAAGGUGACGGAAUUACGAAUGAAGAUGUAAGAAACCAAGAAGGGGAAAAAGAUACAGAAGAGAAAGGCAUUCCUGGUUUCUGGCUUACUGCGAUGAAAAAUAAUGAAGCAGUAGGAGAGGAGAUUAUGGAGCGUGAUGAAGGAGCUCUUAAGUUUCUUAAAGAUAUUAAAUGGUGUAGAAUUGAUGAUCCUGAGGGUUUCAAACUGGAAUUUUACUUUGAACCUAAUCCGUAUUUUAAGAACUCUGUCCUGACAAAGACAUACCAAAUGAUUGAUGAUGAUGAUGAUCCUAUUUUGCAGAAAACAAUUGGGACGGAGAUUGAAUGGCAUCCUGGUAAAUGCUUGACAAAGAAAGUCCUGAAGAAGAAACCAAAAAAGGGUUCGAAGAAUGCGAAGCCUAUCACAAAAAUUGAGAGUUGUGCAAGUUUCUUUAAUUUCUUCAACACUUCUCAGAUUCCUGAGGAGGCAUAUGACUUAGAUGAAGAUGCUAUUGAGGAAAUUCAGGAUAGAAUGGAAAGGGAUUAUAAUGUUGGUACUACCAUUCGGGAUAAAAUCAUCCAUCAUGCUGUGUCAUGGUUUACUGGAGAAGCUGCUGGAGAUGAUGAGUUAGAUGCAGAAGAUGACGACGACGACGAUGUUGAUGAUGGAGAAGAUGAGGAUGAAGACGACGACAGCGACGAGGAUGAUGCUGAAGAUAAAAAUGGCAGCAAGAAGGCUGGAAGAGCUCCAACUGUGAAAAGUGAGCAAGCUGAGCGUGUUCCUCAGUGCAAGCAACAAUAGCUCAAAAUGUGACGGAAGACUGGGCAGGAAGCAUAAACAGUGUCUGAGUUGAUGAAAAUGUCAGGCAUUGGCCUUUUCAACACCGCCUGUGUAUACUCAACUAGCUUUAUAAUCUUUCCUUUUUUUCUUUUCCUUAUAGGAUGCCUAUUUUUCCGCGUCCUUCCGUUUAUAUUAAUGUUGCAAAGCUGUGGAUUUAUGUUUUAAUAUAAAUUCUCGAGCUGUUGCUCAUAACGGUA